GUCAUUUUUCAAAAUUGCUGUCACUUUUAUUGACCUUCUUUGACUUUUCAAUAUGGUUACUUCCCGGUCAAAUGUGAGAGAUUASAUUAUGCACAGUUAUAUCUUUACGCUAUCAAUGUGUUCCAAUAGAAUCUGGCCAGCUGUUCUUCUUURCGUACRAUAAAAUGCCAUCCAGGUAACGUACGAAUGAAGGAACUUUGCACGAUGAGAAAGAAUAACGUGAAGAAAGAAAAGAGAGGACAUAUGGAAGGAAAGAAUUGGGAUGAAAAGAGCAACCUGAAGAAAAGAAUAGUAAAAAGAAAUUGUGGGAAAGAAGGGAAGGAAGUUAAAUGGAAAGAAAUAGGAAUCAAGAUAAGAAAUGUGAAGAAAAAAAACCGCUCCAAUGUAUCUGUCAUCAAGCAGUAUUCGGAUAGUUGAUGUGACUGAUAUCGUGUCGUUUUUAUGUCGACAUGUGAGUAGGGUAUAAACUCGUCUCGCCGGGUCACGAACCAAAGUCYUUUAAAUAGAGAACUGAUCUUCCUUACACGUGUAUAACGUUGACAAGAACGCUUUUCCAUCUUCUUUCAGAGAUCKGAAAGUAGACGURUGAGUUUYGGUAGGUUGUCUAUAUCUCGAAAUUGAAGCUGUAGUUCUGUAAAGCCAUUGACUGAAAGGCUCAAGACCAGCUCUCUACGAUCUUCAGUGCAUAACAACUUCAGAUAACUCGUUAAGGUGACGGAAGGUUUGGAGUAGCGUUUAAUGUGGGCCYACAAACAUUAUUCUGGGGAAGCCUUUCUUGGAUAGACUUGUACGCAUAGUUUAAUUUUUCAGAGCAAUUAUUUAUAAUAUCCAAUGGCCCACCAUCCAAUCAGAAGAACACUGCUAUUGGUUCUACUUAGCUACUUGUUAGCCAUUUCGUCUGUAAGCAGUAARCAAACUAUGACUUGCCAACCUAAUCAUUUCAUGUGCAAAAAUCUUCGUUGCAUCCCUAAUACCUGGCGAUGUGAUGGCGAUGAAGACUGCAAUGAUAAUGGAAAUGGUGAUGAUAGCGAUGAAGUCGGCUGCACUAUGCCUACCUGUGGUUCUGAUAAACCGUUCCUUUGUCCUGAAGAAAACAAUUGUAUUUCAUUAACUUGGUUAUGCGAUGGAAUCAAUGACUGCACAGAUGGAGCUGAUGAGAAACACUGUGAAAACCGAACAUGUUCUCCCAACGAGUUCCAGUGCGAUGAUGGUAAAUGCAUUCGAAAGGGUUGGGUUUGCGAUGGGGAUAAAGAUUGCACCGAUUUUAGCGAUGAAAAAACAGAACUUUGUGCCUCAACAACAUGCAGGGAAGACCAGUUUCGCUGUUCGUAUGGAGAAUGUAUUUCAAAAAAGUGGUUAUGCGAUGGUGCUGAAGAUUGUAAAAAUGGAAUGGAUGAGCAAAAUUGCGAAAACAUUCAAUGCUCCGUGGGAACAUUUCAGUGUGUAGCGGACAACGGUUUGUGUAUUCCACAGAACAAGGUGUGCGAUGGUAAAAACGACUGUUCCGAUGGCAGCGAUGAAAGUCAAUUAAUUUGCGUUAACACGAAUGUAUCGUGCAAAUCUAAUGAAUUUAUGUGCAAAAGUUUGCACUGCAUAUCGAAGUCAUGGCAAUGUGAUGGUGAAAUGGACUGCGAUGACGAAAGUGAUGAAUGGAAUUGCCCUAGUACCACUACCGAGGCCAUUCUAACAACAACAGAACACCAUACAACAACCAAGCCAUCACAAAUCCGGACAAYAAUUCAAACAACGCUGAAAGCAUCAACACCAAGAAAAAGAAGAACCCCUUUUAUAGCUUCGAUGGAAUCGAGAGAGAGACUAACUACAAGUUCAGCGGCUACUACAACCAAAGACCCGCAGCUAGCUGUUGAGAAUGUCACUCCUGUAACGUCUACAGAUUUACAUCGUAGCGCAACAUCACCAAAUGAAAGUCCAACAACAACACGAACAACCACAAGACAAAGGACAAUASCUAAAAAGUCAACAAUGUGGCCAAGUAAACCGAUCACAACAAGAUCAACAACAGCUAAAACAACACUACCAACCUCAAUAAGACGGCAGACAAYUUCAGAAAGGACAAUAAUGCAACCAACAACAAGAGCGCAGACAACAACAGAAAUGUCAACAACACAACCUACAACAACACAGUCGACAACAACAGAAAGGACAACAACAGAACCUACAACAAGACAGCAGACAACAACACAACCUACAACAAGACCGCAGACAACACAACCUACAACAACACAACCUACAACAAAACAGCAGGCAACAACACAACCUACAACAAAACAGCAGACAACAAGACAACCUACAACAAGACAACCUACAACAAUACAACCUACAACAACACAACCUACAACAAAACCGCAGACAACAGCAGAAAGCACAACAACUAGUCGACCAAUAGAGGAAUCAACGACAGCAACACAGCCGACAACAGCACGAUUGACAACAUCACGACACACGACAGUACGAAGAACAAGUAGGACAACACGACAGGCAACCAAACGAGCAACUCCAUCAACAACAGGGCGACCAAUAGUGGUACGACAUAUUACAUUACAAGCUACGAGACGAGAAGCAAUAACAAGGCACCCUUCACUGAAUCUAAGUACUCAUAAAAUCAUUGUACCAGGAACUCCUCCACCUCCACUUCCAUCAUCAUCGCAAACACYAGGAAGGUGUGGUGGUAUAUUGACGUCUAAUGUGGGAAUUAUUCAGUCACCCAAUUUUCCUGGCCGAUAUCCUAAUAAUGCACACUGUAAAUGGGUUAUUCAUUUGCCAAAAAUUUAUCACGUUGUUAAUAUCCAUAUCGAGACAUUAUUUYUAGAACAAGAUCAGCAUUGUGCAUAUGAUUAUCUAAUGUUCUUAGACAAGUUGUAUAAUCAAGUUGGCUGUCGAUUUUGUGGAUCAAUAAUGCGACCCAAGGUCAUUGAUAUCAAAGGUCAUGUGGUGAUUAUAGUCUUCCAUUCCGAUCAUUACAAUGGCAAACGAGGCUUUCGCCUUCGAUACAACGCAUUCUGGAAUCAUUAACUCACGACCUAUCCCGUGCCACACRWRGUCGUCUKAUGUUCACAAUGCUUCUUCAUCGAUAAUUGACAGCUGUCAAUCAAUUUUCCUCGUUGUAAGCAUUCGCGAUGCAUUUUGUGUUCUGUUGACUGAUUUUAAAAGUCAAUUACCAACAAUCACAAACGCGGUUCCAUGGAACUCCUUUUAUACAAUUUAUACAAAUCAUUUCGAAUUCGCUCGCGGUCUUUCCAAUAAACCGCCUUUAUAAAUAUUUUGUUUCAGUAAGCAUGCACAAGAGAAUUGUAAACGAGGCUCUGGAGAAUUAAAAGAAUACUUAAGGUUAUCCAAUUUUUUUUCAGAGCUUGGUGUGCAAUUUUGUUUCUACAUGGUUACUCAAACAAAUUAUCUCUGUGGUCUGUGGUUACUAGUCUCUGGUUUUAAUAAAUUUGUGUGAUAUUUUUCCCGUGCUUUUUCAAAGUAUAUUAUUAUAUUGCCGGUCAUAUAGGUAUAUUAUAUCAGAUAUAAUUCACUAUCCAUCCAUAUAUAGUUUUACUCAAACGUAUGUAGAAUAUCCUCAAUAGCAAAUAUUAAAGUUACUACCGAC